AUGACGGAAAAAUUAGAUCAACGAAUUUGCAUCAAGUUUUGCUUUAAUCUUGGAAAAACUAGCUCGGAAACAAUUGAUAUGCUAAAUAAGGCAUUUAGAAAGGAUUGUAUGAGUAAAGCAAGAAUAAAAGAGUGGUACAGGCGGUUUAAAGACGGCCGCACGUCAGUUGACAGUGAUUCUCGUUCUGGCCGACCUUCGAGCGCAAUAACACCAAAAAAUGUCGAGCGUGUGCGACUUGCGAUUGAAGAAGAUCGUCGGUUGACUGUACGCGAACUAGAAAGUGAUCUUGGAAUACCAAAAACUACUGUUUGGAGAAUUUUAACCGAGAAUUUGGCAAUGGCUCGAGUGUGUGCGAAAUUCAUCCCAAAGUUGCUAAUGGCAGAGCAGAAGAAUCUUUGCUUUGAAAUUGCUCAGGACAACUUGGAAAUGAUUUCUAAUGAUGAAAAUGUGCUGAAGAAGAUUAUUACUGGUGAUGAAUCAUGGGUUUACGGCUAUGAUCCAGAAACAAAGCGACAGUCUUCACAGUGGAAGCAUGCAUCCUCGCCACGACCGAAAAAAGCACGUCAAAGUCGGAGCAAAGUGAAGACAAUGUUGACUGUUUUCUUUGAUUAUGAAGGUGUUGUGCACCAUGAAUAUGCUCCGAGAGGUCAAACGAUCACUAAAGAAUACUACGUUGAAGUAUUGAAAAGAUUGCAUGACGCAGUCAGAAGAAAACGACCACAGCUUUGGACAAGCG